CCUAUUCACCCUUGUUCAUCAUUGUUGUUGACAAACAGCGUCUGGCCGAUGUCAACACAGCAUAACAGGACCUUUUGUAACAAAUCAAAACAAGGAAAUGUUCCAUAAUCCAUUCAAAAUGGACCAUUGGUGCCGCGUUUGUCUGGAUGAAACAAAGGGAGAACUUCUGUCCAUCGAGCAUGAAGUGGAAGGCUUGUCGAUUGAUCUGUUGAUUACCAGCUGUAGCGGGAUUACGGUUGAAAAAUCGGACUCGUUACCCGGAAAGUGCUGUGAGCGAUGCGUGAAAAGUUUAUACAUCGCAUACAGUAUAGCGGAACAAUGUCGUGUUUCGGACGAGAAGCUGCGUAAUCUCAACAAACUCUCAACCGAAUCGAACAAAGCGGAAACAGUACACGAUGUCUGCGCCGAGAUUUCCAACGACUCUAGUGAUGAUGCUGAGAAUCACGGCGAGAAUAAUACACAUACUGACACUGAGAAAACAUGUAAAUUAAUAACCACAUGUUGUGCAUGCAGGGCUGACUUUGAAACGGUUGAAGCUCUUGCUGAUCAUGUUGUGAAAGUCCAUGAGCCAGACAAAACAGACAAUGAUAGCAAAAAACCGUAUCAAUGCGAUAUUUGCUAUAAGAGGUAUUUUAAAAAGACUUCUUUGAAUCGCCACAAAAGACUGGGUACUUCAGGUCUAGGGAUUCGAAUCGCGCAAAUAGAACAACCCAUCGAUUAUCGAUGCUGUGGAUGUAGGAAAGAUUUUCUCACCAAAGAAGAACUUCAGAAUCAUUCUGUGUCAGAGCACAGCUUAGAUAAAGUUCAUGAUGAAUCGAAGCCGUUUCAGUGUGAUAUUUGCUUUAAACGGUAUUCUAACAAAACGUCUCUUGGAAGACAUUUCCGUGAGCGUCUCGUGAAUAGACGCCCUCGCUCUAUUCGGAGACUCGCUAGUAAUCAGUGCUGUGGAUGUCGGCAAACCUUCAAUAGCAAGGAAUUGCUCAGUCAACAUGCCAGGCAAAUCCACGAACCAGACCGAAUGGAGGAUCUGGGUGGACUAAAACCAUUCGAAUGCAGCGUCUGCUUCAGCAGAUACUCCACUCAGGAAGCAUUCAAUCGUCAUAAGGCGUUCCUCCAUCUGGAUCAACUGUACCAGUGCCAACAAUGCGAGAAAUUCUUCGUGAAACGUAUUAUGCUUCGAAUACACGAGCGAAAGUUUCACAAUGGCAUCCAGCAGGAUGUUGUUGGUCCCUAUCAGUGUACCCGUUGUGGGAAAACGUUCAUGCAAUCGAGUUCUCUCACCAAUCACGAGAAAACACAUCACAGCGAUGAACGAUUCGAAUGCUACAUUUGCCAAAAACUCUUCCUUAGUAAAGGUAAUCUACAAACUCAUUUCAAGCUGCACUCUAAGCCAACCGCACAACGUAAAGCACAAUACGAAUGCCCGAUCUGCCGAUGUCGGUUCAAAACUCCCAACUACCUGGAUAUACAUGCAAGAACUCACAGCGGAGAGAAACCAUACACAUGUAAGUACUGCUCGAAGCAGUUCGCACAUGCUUCCGGCCACAAGCGUCAUCUGCUCACUCACACUGGGUUGAAGCCAUUCUCGUGUCGAUUCUGUGGAAGGGAGUUCUCAAACCGAACGAAUAUGCACAUCCACGAGAAAAGCCAUGGGACGGAACGAAAUGCAAAGUGCGAUGUGUGCGGGAAGGAAUUCGUUCACGAUCGAUAUCUACGAAAGCAUUUGAAACGGCACUCGAGUUCAUGAACUGAUACAUCUCACUGGUGGAAAAAUAAAACAACAUUUUUCUAUUAUAUAUCACAAGAUAAUUUAUGUUUAUUACCAAUGCUCUGUGAAGAAAUACAAAUGCUAUUAACAAAUGUA